AUGCUAGUAACCCUAACAGUCCUCUUUUUGGGCCUCGUCGGUAUUCUCGCCAGCUUCCUCACCUACCUCUUCACUCCACCCCAGUUUUUUCCUAAGGGUCUCCCCACAAUCCCCUUCUACUACACACUUAUCCCGCUGCUAAAUCAAACCCUGAAGCGGGCCCCCACCGACCAAGUCACUCUCUACCAUCGCUACCUCUCUACCCCUCUGAGAACCCACGGCGCUGUCAAGCUAUUUUUUGGCGGCCGGUGGAAUAUCCUCAUCACAAAACCGUCCUACAUUGCCGAGGUCCUGAAAAACGAAGAUUUAUAUGCGAAAAGCGGCAAUCAGAAGAAAAUUCCCCAUAGCGUUCUGGCACAAUACACUGGGGAUAAUAUUAUAUCCUCGCAUGGCGAGAAUUGGAAACUGUACAGCAGCAUCUUCAAGCCAGGCUUGCAGCGGGAUUAUGAUCCGUCUGGAAUAUGGAGGAACGCGUCCCUGCUUGUGCAGAUGAUCAGCCAGGAUAUCAAGAGAAAGAGCCCGGUGGAUAUCAAUCCGUUGAUGCAGCGGUAUGCAUUAGCAAACCUGAGCGAGGUUCUGCUGGGAACCACCUUCGACACACUGCAAAAGCCGGCCGCCUCUCUGCACGCUUUCCAGCUCCUCAUCAAGCCCAAGAUCUUUGACCCCAUCUUCCUCAACUUCCCUGUUCUAGACUACCUCCCCCUUCAAACCAGGGAGGAGGCUAGAAAAUUGGUGACUAGGUUCACUGAUGAGCUUAUCGAGACGGUCCGGAAGGGCCACACAACCUGCGACCAUGAGAAGGAGCACACGAGAAAUCUAGGAUGUCGUCUUCUAUAUGCCUGCGAAAGUGGUCUAUUCACCGAAAUGCAGCUGCGACAUAAUAUGAUCAGCGCGUUUCUGGCGGGACACGAGAACCCCCAGUUGUUGCUGGUAUCAAGUCUGUUCUUGUUGGCUGAACAUCCGGAGAUGCAGGAAAGCCUACGCGCGGAGAUCUCCGCCCUCAACGACCUGGAACCGGCUUACAACGCUUUAUCUGCCUUGCCCCUCCUUACAUCCACAAUCUACGAAGUCCUCCGCCUGUACCCACCAAUCAGCCAGCUGAUUAACCGCCGCACAACGGCUCCCACCCUCCUCGGGGGAGAGAUCCCCAUUCCAGCAGGCACAUACGUCGGCUACAACGCGUAUGCUACAAACCGGGAUAUAGGCUUCUGGGGUCCAGACGCCAACGAGUUCAAGCCAAGCCGGUGGGGAAAUACCAUGGAAGAAAUAAAUGCACUAUUUAGAAGGGCGAACGCAAAGGGCGCGUUUAUUAGCUUUCACGGCGGGCGGCGCACUUGCUUAGGACAGAGGUUCGCCUUGCUUGAGGGGCGAGUGACACUUGCGAAAUUGCUAAUGUGUGUUCGAUGGGAGAUUGAUCCUAGCUGGCAGAGGGGGAUGACACCAGCCGGGCCGUUGUAUGCGCGAAAUCUGCAAUUGAGGUUCUCGAACAUCAGCGGUGCUGGGAAGGCGGGGGCAUCUUGA